GGUUUUGAUUGGUCGAAAAAGAAGCCGGACUCGCGCCAGUUUUCGCAGCGGGUUUUGGAACCACAGGGAAGAAGUAACGGAGUAUUGCAUGUGACAGAGUUAUUGUCAAUCUGUUUGAAAUAAAGUGCUUCAGAAAAACAUACAGCGUUUAAUUCAACGCUCCCAGUACUUUUACAGUUUGUUGGAUCUUCGUUUGGGGAAAGAAAACAUGCCUCCUAAGGACUACUUGGCUGAAAAGGAAAAGUGUAGGAAAUUCCUCCAGGAGUUCUACUCUGAAGAUGAUUCUGGGAAAAAGGUCUUCAAAUAUGGAGCCCAGCUGGUGUCGCUGGCCCACCGGGAGCAGGUGGCCCUGGUGGUGGACCUGGACGACGUGGCGGAGGAGGACCCCGAGCUGGUGGAGAGCGUGUGCGAGAACGCCAAGCGCUACGCCGGCCUCUUCGCCGACGCCAUCCACGAGCUGCUGCCCGAGUACCGGGAGAGAGAGUCUGUGGCGAAGGACUCCCUGGACGUGUACAUUGAGCACCGUCUGAUGAUGGAGCAGAGAGGUCGCGACCCCACCGACACCAGAGACCCCCGCAAUCAGUACCCGGCAGAGCUGAUGAGGAGAUUCGAGGUGUACUUCCGCCCCCCCAGCACCGCCAAGCCGCUGGUGGUGAGGGAGGUGCGGGCGGACAGCAUCGGCCACCUGGUGAACGUGCGCGGCAUCGUCACCCGGGCAACGGAGGUCAAGCCCAUGAUGGCCGUGGCCACCUACACCUGUGACCAGUGUGGCGCCGAGACGUACCAGCCGAUCCAGUCGCCCUCUUUCAUGCCCCUCAUCAUGUGUCCCAGUCAGGAGUGCGUCACCAACAAGUCCGGGGGCAGGCUCUACCUGCAGACCCGGGGGUCAAAGUUCAUCAGGUUCCAGGAGCUGCGUAUCCAGGAGCAUAGCGACCAGGUGCCCGUGGGCAACAUCCCGCGCAGCAUGACCAUCUACGCCCGGGGCGAGAACACGCGCCUGGCCCAGCCCGGCGACCACGUCAGCGUGUCGGGCGUGUUCCUGCCCCUCCUCCGCACCGGCUUCAGACAGGCUGUGCAGGGUCUGCUGUCCGAGACGUACCUGGAGGCCCACUGCAUAACCCUGAUGAACAAGACUGAGGAUGACGAGCUGGGGGCGGAGGAGCUGAGCGAGGAAGAGCUGCGACAGAUCACAGAGGAGGAUUUCUAUGAGAAGCUGGCGGGCUCCAUCGCACCCGAGAUCUUCGGCCACGAGGACGUGAAGAAGGCCCUGCUUCUGCUGCUGGUGGGCGGGGUGAAGCAGGCCCCCCGUGGCAUGAAGAUCAGGGGGAAUAUUAACAUCUGUCUGAUGGGCGACCCGGGCGUGGCCAAAUCUCAGCUCCUCUCUUACAUCGACCGCCUGGCCCCCCGCAGUCAGUACACGACCGGGCGUGGCUCGUCCGGAGUCGGCCUGACGGCGGCGGUGAUGCGGGACCAGAUGACGGGGGAGAUGACCCUGGAGGGCGGGGCGCUGGUGCUGGCCGACCAGGGCGUGUGCUGCAUCGACGAGUUCGACAAGAUGGCCGACGCCGACCGCACGGCCAUCCACGAGGUCAUGGAGCAGCAGACCAUCUCCAUCGCUAAGGCAGGGAUAAUGACGUCCCUGAACGCCCGCUGCUCCAUCCUGGCGGCGGCCAACCCGGCGUACGGGCGCUACAACCCGCAGAAGACGGUGGAGCAGAACAUCCAGCUCCCCGCGGCCCUGCUGUCCCGCUUCGACCUGCUGUGGCUCAUCCAGGACCGGCCCGACCCGGACGCCGACCUGCGGCUGGCCCAGCACAUCACCUACGUGCACCAGCACUGCCGCCAGCCGCCCACGCACUUCACCCCCAUCGACAUGAAGCUGAUGAGGCGGUACAUCUCCCUGUGCCAGCGGCGGCAGCCCGUAGUUCCCGAAUCUCUGGCCGACUACAUCACCGCCGCCUACGUGGAGAUGAGGAAGGAGGCGAGGGUCAGCAAGGACACCACCUUCACCUCCGCCCGCACCCUGCUGUCCAUCCUGCGCCUCUCCACCGCCCUGGCUCGUCUGCGAUUGGUGGAUGUGGUGGAGAAGGAGGAUGUGAACGAGGCCAUGCGGCUCAUGGAGAUGUCCAAGGACUCACUGCAGACUGACAAAUCGAACGCCACCAGAGCCCAGCGGCCCGCGGACGUGAUCUUCUCCCUCCUGCGAGAGCUGGCGGGCGAGGGGGGCAAAGGGCGGGGCGGGGUCGGGGGCGUGGUCCGGAUGGCGGAGGCGGAGCAGCGCUGUGUGUCUCGCGGCUUCACCCCCGCCCAGUUCCAGGCGGCGCUGGACGAGUACGAGGAGCUGAACGUGUGGCAGGUGAACCAGGCACGCACCAGGAUCACCUUCGUCUGAGGCAAACGGCCUGAGGGGGGGUGGGGGGAGUGGGAGCGGCACCGGGUCUUCUGUAAAGGAGUGUGCCAGUGUGCCCCCGCAGUCAUUCGCCCCUCAAAGUGAGGUUUUAACUUUGGGUGCCAUCUUGUAAAUCCUCUAUCUGGGAGGUUGGGGGGGGGUAAAAUAAGGAGAUCUUUGUAAAUAUACCUGCAUUUAAUAGUUUAUAAGUUUUCUGCCUUUUUUUGUCCUUCCUGUACAGAGUCUAGAAAUUUCUGACUAAAGCCAAGUGGGUUCGAUGUGUUAAUGUUGGGAUGUGUUUAGUUUCUCGUCAGUUCAGAAAUGCUGCGACUCUUCAGUUGCUGCUUUUGUGCGUGCCGAUUCCAUUCAGAAGUGACAUUUGCAUUUAACAAUGUCCAAACGUGCUGUGUGCUUUUGAAUUGCCAAUAAAUUUACUUUUUUUCAAUA